AUGGCUCAUAACCAGGCCUCAUCCCAGCUGGGGAUUGAGCAGGAGACCACUCAGCAGCCUGCCGCCGAGAUGGGGAAAUAUCAAACUGACCAGGAUAUCUCCCACGUCGAGCGGGUUCUUUCGCCGGAGGAUGACCUGAAGAAGGAGGACAUGGAUCUGUCGCGAGUGGACAAGGAAGUCCAAAUGUAUGCCAGCCGUGGGCGGUUUGACAUAAGCGAGGCCGACAACAAGCGACUCAAGCGCAUGAUCGACCGUCGUGUCCUGGUGAUUAUGAUCUUGACCUACUUCCUGCAGGCCCUUGAUAAGGGCACGAUGAGUUUCUCGUCAAUCAUGGGCAUCAAGACCGAUGCGCAUCUCGAGGAUGGACAAAAGUACUCUUGGCUCACCACCUGUAUCUAUAUCGCGGUUCUGAUCGUUGAGUAUCCGACGAAUUGGAUCAUCCAGCGCGUCCCUAUCGCCAAGUACCUUGGUAUCAACAUUUGUCUAUGGGGGACGACUCUGGCGCUCCACGCUGCCUGCCACAAUUUCGCGGGCCUGGUGGCUGUCCGCACCCUGCUGGGAAUCUUCGAAGCCUGCUGUCAGCCCACCUUUGUGUUGCUAUCCUCUAUGUGGUACAAGCGCGAAGAGCAGGCCGCGACCGUGACCUACUGGUACAUGAUGAACGGCGCCCAACAGAUCGUCGGCGGAUUGCUCGCUUAUUGCUUCACGCUAAUUGGCAGCGAUAAGGUCCUCAAGUCCUGGCAGGCACUGUUCUUGUCCUACGGCUGUCUGUCUGUGCUGUGGGGCCUGUUCGUCAUGUGGUGGAUGCCCGAUUCGCCGAUGCGCGCCAAGUGCUUCAGCGAGGAUGACAAGCACCUGAUGAUCGAGCGAUUGCGUUCCAACCAAACUGGUAUUCAGAAUAGAAAGUUCCGAUCCUACCAAGUGUGGGAGGCCUUCCGUGACCCUCAGACGUGGUGCUACUGCAGUAUCCAGAUGUUCACUACCUUGCCCACUAGUGGUCUGGGUGCCUUUGCUGGUAUUAUCAUGAAGAGCUUCAAGUUUACAACGCUACAAAGCCAAUUGUUAGCUAUGGUACUGGGCUCCUAUAUCAUUGUGAUUCUGCUCACAUCGGCAUGGCUGGUCAAAAAGUACAACCAGAAUCUGUUGGUUAUGCUGGGUUUCGUUAUUCCAUCCUAUGUUGGCACUAUCGUCUUGAUGACCGUCAAGAAUACUACCUUGGCGACCAAGGUCGGUCUGUUGAUAAGUUACUAUAUUACCUUGUCUUUCUGGUCGGCUCAAACACUCGCCUUGUCGAUGGUCUCUCGAAAUAUCGCCGGUCAGACCAAGAAGGCGACCGUCGUUGCCGCAACAUUUGUUUCCUGGGCUGCCGGGAAUGCGAUUGGCCCACAAGUAUUCCUCGACUGGGAUGCGCCCCGUUAUCAUAUCGCCUGGAGUGUACAUCUUGCUUGCUAUGCCUGCAUGACCGUGGCAGUGAUUUACCUUCGCUUCCAUUUGAAGCGGCAGAACAAGCGUAAAGAUGAGCUCCUCGCCGCCGCUGACAUUUCUGCCGCUGACCCGAACCUUGUUCACGCUUUCGAGGAUAAGACAGAUCAGGAGAACUUGAACUUCAGGUAUGUUUACUAG